CAACACAGUCUUGUCUACAGUGUGUGAAAGAGAGGGAGAGAGAGAGGUGGGGGGAAACAGCUGCAAGCGGAUACUCAACAUCAACAAGCUGUAUGAGGCAUCUGUGAGGAAGAAGAAGGCAUUUGACGAGGGAAGGGGUUCCUGGUGGUUUUCCCUCUUUUUGUGAUUUCAAGAACAGAGGCGUGGAGCUCAGAAGAAUAUGCUACAAGUGGUGAAGCGAUGGUUUAGCGGGGCAAUUUGAUAGGUUCUCUGUUUUUUUUUUCUACAGCACACCCGCCCGACGACACUGUUAAUUCCGAGCAGCAAUCCCCCAAACAUCUGUGGUCGCUCUCUGGAGGGAGAUGGCUGUUUUCCGGCUGUCGCUGCUGCUGCAAGUUGGAUUUGUGAUCGGAUCAAACCAUAAAUACGCGGAAUGGUCAGGGCACGGGGAAGAUAUCGGGGCACGGGAGGCGAUUCACGGCGCUCAGACGCACCGCUGGCAGCUGGCGCAUCUCCGUGCGUCUCAUCACGCUGCCGGGGAGACGGCGGAGCUGCCGCAGAAGACAGACGAGCUUCUCCCCAGGGUCGUCACGGCUUUCUUACACACCGGGGACUCGACCACCUUAAAGCAUGCCAACUGCUCGCGAAAGUACGAGCUCACCUCUCUGCGGGGAAGGUCACACGCUACCCCGCAUUACUCCAUGAGCAGCGUGCUGGAUACGGUGCUGCACGCCACAAACUUCCUCAACAUGAUCUUGCAAGCCAACAGGUCCAGGGAGCACAACCUCCGGCGAGACAUUGAGUGGUACCACGCGUUAGUCAGGAGUAUACUGGAAGGAGACGCCAAGAUUCACCGGGCGGUUGUUACUUUUAGCGGGGAUUCAUCCUUCCCGGGGCCCUCGGUGCUUCUCCAAGCCACCAGGGCCGGCGGUGAAAUAGUACUCCAAGACCUCUCCAGCAUGGCCCACCGACAUCUGCACAACCGCACGGCAGAGACAGAGUGGUACCACGAAAUAAAAGACAGGAAGAACCCCAAUUUCCAUAAAAGACUGCUGAGCCAAGAUUUCAGAUCGGUGGACAAUUCAGUGAAAAGAGGAGAGAGUUUUAUUCCGGACAAGACGCACGUCAGAUGGUCUGCGCCCUACUUGGAAUGUGAGAAUGGGAAUUUUGUUCCCCGUUGGCUUUUGACCUUAUCUGCUGCCUUCUAUGGCCUGAAAUCCAACCUGGCUCCUGAAUUCAGGGGAGUGGUUCGAGUGGACAUUAAUCUACAGGAUGUUGAUAUCGACCAGUGCUCCACUGAUGGCUGGUUUGCUGGAACCCAUCGAUGCAACCUGACCACUAUGGAGUGUUUGCCAAUCCGCGGUCAUGGAUUUGUCUUGGACAAGUACAAGUGCCACUGCAGGAAAGGUUUCUAUCAUCCCAACAGAGUAGCUGUCAAUGGCUUUACAAGAAUGGGGAGGAAGGGAAAAGCUGCAGACAGCAGUCCCAACACAGAGGAGGGAUCUUCCAGUGACUGCCUGCCUUGCCAGCAGGGCUGUGCCUACUGUAAAGAUGACACCCCCUGUGUGGUACAUGAGGAUGGCGCUCUCCGCAUGGCUGUGGUCUCUUUCCAGUGCCUCUGCAUGCUGAUCGUCUUCAUUAGCAUGGUCCUUAUAUACCACUUUCGUAGGAAUAAGAGUAUCAGAGCAUCAGGUCUUGUCCUGCUGGAGGCCAUCCUGUGUGGGGCUCUGCUUCUCUACUUUCCAGUUGGGAUUCUCUACUUCCAGCCCAGUGUUUUCCGCUGCAUCCUUCUGCGUUGGGUUCGACUGCUGGGUUUCGCUACCGUCUAUGGGACGCUGACUCUUAAGUUGUACAGGGUGCUGAAGGUGUUCCUGUCCCGUACAGCCCAGAGGAUCCCCUAUAUGACCAGCUGGCGAGUGCUACGUCUGCUGGGCAUCAUUCUGCUCAUCGUCUGCUGGUUCCUGGUGGCUUGGACAUCUGCCGUCUGUCAAAACCCGGACAGGAAGUUGGCUCUCAUCGAGGUGGGCUACACGCCCAAUGGGCUGCAGUUCAGCAUGUGCCUCCUGGAUCGCUGGGACUACAUGAUGGCUGUUGCCGAGUUCCUCUUCCUGCUGUGGGCGAUCUAUCUGUGUUACGCCGUGAGGACUGUGCCGUCGGCCUUCCACGAGCCUCGCUACAUGGCCAUCGCUGUUCACAAUGAGCUUGUGCUGUCAGCUAUAUUCUACAUCAUCAGGUUCACUCUUGCUCCUGAGCUGCAUCCAGACUGGAUGCUGCUCCUGUUCUUCACCCACACUCACCUAACUGUCACUGUCACCCUGGGUCUUCUACUCAUUCCUAAGUUCCUGUUUGCUGGCACCCACAUGAGAGACGAUAUCGCGUCUGAGGCCUAUGAGGACGAGUUGGACAUGGGUCGCUCUGGAUCGUACCUCAACAGCAGCAUAACGUCAGCAUGGAGUGAGCACAGCCUGGACCCUGAGGACAUCAGGGAAGAGCUGAAGAAACUGUACUCCCAGUUGGAGAUUUACAAAAGGAAGAAGAUGCUAGCAAACAACCCUCAUCUCCAGAAAAAGCGAAGCUCUAAGAAAGGGCUAGGUCGCUCGCUGAUGAGGCGCAUCACAGAGAUUCCCGAGUCUGUGCAUCGCCAGUGCAGCCGUGAAGAGAAGGAGGCGGGAGAGCACGGCAGCAAUCGUAACAGCAUCUCCAUGCUGAAGAAAACCCCAUUGGAUUCAACUCACCCAGCAAAACCAGUGAAGGAAGAGACACUGAAGAACAAGGUGUUCUCCCUGAAGAAAUCACACAGUAGCUAUGAUCACGUCCGGGACCAGAAUGAAGACUCCAACAGCACCGUAAAUGAUAAGAUUGAUGAGAACACAGCUGAAGGGUCCCUCUUGGACACACUUAUGGGCAAGAAGCUGGUCAAGAAGACAUCCAGUGAGAACAUAAAUGCCCCCAGUGAAUCUACAGAAUCAGUUCCCUUGGUAUGCAAGUCAGCCAGCGCCCAUAAUCUCUCUGCAGACAAGAAACCAAUUCAUCCCAGAGCCUCCAUGCUGCAGAAGUCCCUCAGUGUCAUUGCUAGUGCCAAAGAGAAGACUUUGGGCUUGACUGGAAAGACCCAGGGUACAGAGGAAAGCAAUAAGAAGAGUCAGCCAAAGAGCAAAGACACAAAGGCAAAUGUAGAGCCAGAAAAUGAAUGCCAGCCCAAGAUGAUUAUCAGCCAGUCAGUCGAGUACAAACAAAGCAUUAUGAAAGGCAUAAUCAUGAAACAGCCAGUUAGUGGCAGCCAACCGACAAUCUGCUCCGACCCCAUUACGGGAAAAGACCUCUAUGAUCUCUCAGAAGUAUGCCCCUGGGAGGUGGAAGAUCUCCCAACUCCAUCUGAAAAUAAGGUUCAAAAGCAUGUAUCUAUUGCACCAAAGGAAACCACAACUGUUCAUGGAGGUAGCACUAAAGGAUCCAAGUCUCAGAAGCAGAAAGGUUCUGAUCAUUCUCCAUCCAGUGGCAGGCACCCAAAGGAGAUUCAGCGGUCAUCGGCUAUUCGGGCAGAGGUGUGCCCAUGGGAAGACGGAGGUGAGAGUCAAGCCAGUCAGCCAGGUGAAGCAUCGAAGCAAUCGGUGUCUCAGUCUAAAGCCCAGCAGCCUCCCUCUUCAGUUGAAAGCUCCAAAACACAUCGGGCAGAUGUUUGUCCUUGGGACUUCGAAGAGCUGAAAAAACCAACAGAGUCAGCUCACUCACAAGACGUGACAAAGCAGAAAAAGGGAACCUCUCCAAUGGAUGUGAGAGAUCCACCUAAAGGAUCACUACAGCCACUAAUAUCAAAAGCCGACGUCUGUCCAUGGGAAUUCGACAGCAGUGCAGCUGCUCCAAAUUCAGAGAGGAUACCCAGCCCCUCACAAGCACCCAAAACCAAGGAGUCCCCUUCUAAAAAGAAAGGGCCCCCUUCCACAAGAACGGUUGACCAAGAAAAAUCAAAAGACACUGAUGAUGAGAAAAGCAGAACAAAAGUGAAGGACAAGAGUAAAUCUUCAGAGAAACACGUCGGCCAACAAAAAAUGGCUGAGGUCUGCCCGUGGGAUGUAGAGAGUCACCAGGAAAUGCUGCUGGUAGAAAAAAGGAAAAGCGCUAAUGUUGGAGCAGCCAAAGAAAAGCAGGCGGAAGUCUGUCCGUGGGAUUUUGAGGAAAAAACGGGUACAGACAAAAGUGCUUCUUCAGUGAAACAGAGCAAACCAACUCCUAAAGGGGGGCCUGUAGGUGCUGCUAAAAAGGCAGAUGUUUGUCCCUGGGACUUUGAGGAUAGUACGUCGAGCAAGAAAGCAUGACACUCAACCUUAAUGGACCACUGAUAUAUUAUAAUUAUUGAUGUAUACUUUUUUUCCACUUUGAAAUCGUUAAAUAUCACCUUUUACUAUUAGUACGGUGACUUGGAAGCAAAGUUGAUCCACAAGUUGCCUUCCUUUCCAAGGUUUUGUUCCUGUUUUAUCUAUUUUGGAAAAAAGUGAAAUGUACAAAAAAAAAGUCAUGAUGAGCAUUCCAGAUUAUUACAGGAAACUCCUGAAGAGAAAUUGUAGACUAAUUAUGCAACUUUUAAUUCAGUCUUUUCACUUCAUAAGCAAUGUUAAACAUCCAUGUUCACCAUGUCAGCUGUUCUUACUUUUUUUUUGCUAUGAUUAGUUCUUGGAUGAGACUGUAGAGACAAAUAUUGAUGUGUAUAAAUGAGAAAGUAUAAAAUUAAGGUUGAAUUGCAUAACAGGGAAAGUGAAAGCCAAAGAACAAGUGAACAGUUGCAAAGAGGGAUGCAGGUCUCGAAGCUCUAAAGUUAAUUUAUUAGUUUUUGUCCUUGGCGUAGGAAAGAAAUCAGUCUAUAGCACUUUAGCCAACUUCACAAAUUAAGAACUGAGGACAGGUUAUGUCCAACUUGUAUAUUUCGUCUUCUUAUUUUCAACCACAUGGCAUGAUAUCACACACACAAUAUAACACACUGACCAAACUCAGACAUGUUUUUUUUGUUUGUUUGUUUGUUUUUUUGUUUAGAUCUAUUUAAUUGUAGUUCUCGGCAGAUUAAAAUGCUUCCAAGUCUGCGGAGAUGUACUGUAUGUGCCUAUCUAACUAGCAUUGUCUUGUAUCAGUCUGAAGGGAAGCGAGUGUCUUCUUCUUCAGCAUUUUGUGGUGGUGAAUUAUAUAAACAGCAUGCACAGCCAGGUAUCGAGAGUAGAUGGAGCCUACCGGUUUGUCAACUAAAGCAGUUAAUGUGUUGGCAAAUCUAUAAUGUUGUUUUCAGUUCACUUUUUUGAGACCCUCACGUCCCUGUUUUAUAGUUCCAAAAGCUAAAGGGUGAUAUUUGAGAGCAUAUGUCAAAAGUAGUGAAGGAAAAAUUAUUUGCACCAGCUUUGUGUAUGAAUCCAGCUUGGAUCUUUGUCUUGCACCAAAUGUAAGUGUGUGCCUGCGGAUGCAAUAUUUAAAGGACAAAUGAGAUGCAGAAAAAUUUGCAGAAGAUCUGUUCUUGUUUUUGUGUUUACCGUCCUACAGCCUCAACGUAAAAAAAAGUCAAGCAACUUCUAUUACACAAUAACAGAAUAAUUCUGGGUAAUUAAAACUUGGGUUAUGUUUUAUUGUUGUGGCCACUAAAAUUUGCCAGAUAGUCCCACAGGUUUUUAAGGAGACUUCUGGCUUAGCUAAAACUGUCUGGAAGUUAUUACUUAGUCUGGAUACCAUCCAUCAAAAUCAAACAAAUUAACAUGCUAUGCAUUUGUAGAUUUUAGGCUAAUGUAAUGGCCUAAAAGCAAAAGAUACCCUGUUUGAAAAUGAAGGAACACGAAUUGCUUUUGGGUCAUGUCAGAAAAGGGCAGUUAGCAUAAAUAUUGAAAAUGUGGAGAUCCGUGCUGUAGCAACCCCUUGUGAAUAAAAGAGGAGCAGAAAGUAACUUUUAGUUUAAGAAAUGAGCUACCUGAAAUGCUGCUGUGCCUCUAGGACCUCGUUUUUCAUGGAUAUAGCUACUUUUUCUGGAUCUUGCAGCGAUAAUUGACUUUGUUAGCUACAUUUGUGUGCUACACUGCACUUGAGCCCACUAUGUUUAAGUCAGUCAAUCCCUUGAGAAUACUGAAAAUGCCCAACUUUACAGUGUGCAAGUGAUCUGACAAAUAUUAUAGAUUAUGAUGCAUUUCAAUGUACUAAGAGUCUAUGCAAGAGGUCUGUACUCCAGUUGUAAUGAAGUAAAAUGCUGGUAUUUUUUUGUUUACACUCACCUGACAUUUUAUAAGUACAUCAGCUCCACUGUUCAUUAGCGCAAAUCUCAACUCAGUCAGUCACAUGCUAACUCAGUCCAUUUAGGUAUGUAGACAUGGUCAAAAAGACCUGCUAAUAAUGAGGUUUAGAAUGGGGGAAAACUGUGAUUUAAGUGACUUUGAACGUAGCAUGAUUGCUGUUGUCAGAUGAGCUGGGUUGAAUAUUUCAGAAACAGCUGAUCUGCUGGGACUUUCUCACAUUCCCACUCUAGUUUACAUAGACUGGUCAAAGAAAGAGAGAAAAAUAUCCAGUGAAUGGCAAUUCUCUGGGCAAAAAUGACAUUUUUGAUGUCAGAAGUCGGCAGAGAAUGGCCAGACUGCUUGGAACUGAUUGGAAAGAAAGAAAAAUACUUCAAAUAACCACUUGUUACAAGCAAGGUAUGCAGAAGAGCAUCUCUGAACCUUGAAGCAGAUGAACUACAGCAGGAGAAGCCUGUCCCGGGUGCUAUUUCUCUCAGCUAAGAACAAGAAACUGAGCCUAUUUCACAUUGACUCACCAGAAUUGGACAAAAGAAGACUGGAAAAAUAUUGCCUCUGGUCUGAUGAGUCUCAAUUGCUGCUCCAACAUUUGAAUGGUAGGGUUAGAAGUUGAUGUUAACAAAACAAAAGCAUGGUUCAAUUCUGUAUCAGUGGUUCAGGGUGAUGCUGGUGGUGGUGUAAUAGCUUAGGGGAUGUAGGCCUCUUGGUACAAAUUCAUCCCCGUUUAAAUGCCACAGCCUACCCCAGUAUUGUUUCUGAUCCCUUUAUGACCACAGCGUACCCAUUUUCUGAUAGCUGCUCCCCGUUGGAUAACACAAACCUCAAAUCAUCUCAAAUGGUUUCUUGAACAUUGCAUUAAGUUCACUGUACUCAAAUAGCCUCCACCAAAUCUUAAUCCAAUAGCGCACCUUCCAGUGGUGAGAUUCACAUUAUGGAUGCGCAGCUGACAAAUCUACAGCAACUGUGUGAUCAUGCCACUAUGCACCAAAGCCUCACUUCCACAUAUGGUUCUUUCUGGCUCCAAAAAAAAAAAAAAAGAAAUCCCAACAGCAACCAAAAUGCCAAACUCAACUCUUCAUCAGUGAUGUCACGUUGUUUUAUUUACUUAUAUAAUGUUUCAAAGUCUGUGGUCUAGUGCAGAUUAAGCAUACUUGUGUGUGGCAUGCAUCAAGUCUGAAAUCUGCAAUAUAGGAAACUCUGGACACAGACAGAGAUGAAUGAAGGUUCAUCAAGUACUAUCCUAUCUAAAUGAUAGAAACAGUGGUCAUAACUUCCAAAAUAAAAUCCAAGUUUUUAUUAACUGGAUAAUGGAACUGUCAUUGAAUGAUUUGAAAUACUGACAAUAGGGUGACCUUUUAUAUUUAAAGGUUAAGCACUACUGCAGUUUUUCUUUGCAUCUCCAUAUUAGGCGUCAUUUCAACUUAAAUACAAAUCAGACUGAAACCCCAUUUGUUUAUCAACCUAAUAAGUUCAUAAUUAAACUUAGCAUGGUAGUUAUCAAAUAAUAAUCUGACUAAAUCUUUUAAAGGUUUUGAGAUGUUCCGUGUUUCGUAUCAAAAUGUCUAAAUAGUCACCAUAAACUAUCCAAGUGAAAAAAAUACCCCCAUUUACAUUUGCAGUUGUGUAUCAGUAAAGCAUCCACAGUGCGUUAUGGUAUCUUGUGAGAAUUACUGAUUGUAAUUGUCUGUAUUCAUGUCAAUUUCCUCAGAACCCAUUAGGGGUUGGUAAUGAUUAUGAUUCAAGCCAGUACCCAUUGGUGAGUUUUCUUGAAUUACUUUGGCACAACUCAAAUGAAAACAAUCCAGCAACUGAUAUCAUUUUCUGAGAAUUACCUCCACCUCCAGCCUGUGGGAGGUGUCAGAGAGCACUGAUUGAUUGCAAUCCUUUGAUGGAUCCUUGUGAUCUUUAUAAAUCAGAUGUUAAGCGUCAUCUAUCAUCUGAGUCAGGAUUUUAUUGCAUGAGUACAGCGACAUUUGAAAAGCCCCUUCUUUAUUUAAACCUAACUUUGGAGUCGCUGCCGUUUUCACUGCCCUGAAGAAUAACCUGCUGCCUCUUUUACUGUCACUGUAGGAAAGUUAUUUCAUAAUGGAAAGAUGUGUUUGUUUCAUGUUUGAAAGUGAAAUGGAGCGAAUUUUGGUAGAAUUUAAUCCAAAAAAAGAACCAAAAACAAGCAAUAUGUUAGCGUUUUUAACAACAGAAAGAAUUUUUAUGGUGUCAUUUAUGUUGAUUUUAAAACUAAACCCAAAAAAAUAACAGUGCAACAUCCCAGCACUAAAUGAAGUCACUGUUUUGCGUAACUUUGAGUCUACUUUUUUAAUUUACAAUAGCGUGCUUGCUGCAGGAAUUCUCAGUUCUGCCAGUCCAUAGCUGUAUGUGUAUUAAACAGUGUGAUACAUAACCAAGUGUUUGUUACUGUCCGUUUCUCUGGAAAUCAUCAAUGAGUCUGUGAGUAUUUGAACCUGAGCCAUUUACUCGGGUGUGAAAAUCCAAGACCAUUGUUCUUGUACCAUGCCGUGUCCCGUAGCUUCUUUGUCCUCCAAUUGGGUCGUCUCUACCAUGGUGCAUUUUUGUUGGUUAGCUGCUUUCUUUUAAACCUGACUUCUAUUCUCUUGUGACCAAACAAAGUCACACGAAGGCAAAUACAAGUACUACUAUCGCUACUACUACUACUACUCAACGCUGUAACGUCGUAAAUCUUGCUCUUGUGGCUUCUGCAUGAAUUCAAGAAAUUAGUAGGACCGAUGUUUCACUGCCCUUGAUAGAACAAAAAAAAAAAGAAAAGAAAAAAUUGAUCUUUUAUGGACUGUUACAAGUUGUAUAGUGAGUGAUACUGUCUCUAACCCACUGUAUUGUGCUUGUUAUAACUAUUGCUCUAUGACAAGCUUAUAGCAUCAAUAUAUGGGAAUAUUUGGUAGAUUUAUAUUGUGUUAUAUUGUGAUAGCAUGUACAUAAAAGAUACC